GUCCGCGUUAGGGGCGGGAUGUUGCUAUGUGAUUGACUGUUCUAUUUAUGGGCGGGGUUUUUUCAACUGCUGUGUGUCCAGGAAGUUCUGUAGUUUGAGAUAUCGCUCGUGACCGUAAGGAUGAAUAGAUGUGGAGGACUGUCCGAGCUGGCAGAGGCCAAUGCUGUGGUUCAGCAGAUCUGUAAUGAGAUGAAGGUUCACGCAGAACAAAAAGCAGGAAAAACAUUUGAAAUCUUCACUGCUAAAUCCUACAAGACUCAGGUGGUAGCUGGGACGAACUAUUUCAUCAAGGUGCAUGUGGGUGGUGAGGAAUGUGUUCACCUGCGUGUCUAUCAGAAGCUGCCUUGCUAUGGAGGAGACCUGGAACUUGAUGGAGUACAGAUACCCAAAGCCCAUCAGGACCCCAUCGAAUACUUCUGAAGAUAUAUUCCACUGAGAGAGAAACAGAAUUGAAACAGCACUAACACUCACAAACAGGAAGUGUGUUUGAAUGUCUAUUACAUUUGGGAUGCAUCUGAUUAAAAUUGAGUUUAUUCUUAUUGAUUCCUGAACUGACAAGAAAUGAGCUGCUUCUUAAAUUAACAAAGGGUUACCGAUGAAUAUCAGUCAUUUUAGAUUUAUUAUUAUAAUUUUUUGCAUAGCCAGAGGUGGGAGGUGGUUAAAGACAUAUACUUUGUUACUGUACUUAAUUACAUAUUUUAUAUGUCUGUACUUGAGUAGUUUCAUUAAAGGAUAUUUUUAACUUUUACUUCUCUCCAAAAUACAUCAAUUAUCUGUACCUCUGUUUAAUUACAUUUCUGCAUGGCGCCACGUUACAUAACCACAGUAGUGUGUGGUAUUUGAGGCGGGAAUUUCACCACCUGCUUAGUAUUAUGCGUAAUUGCAUGACUUGCCUUUCAUUAGAGACACGCCUCAGAAUUUAUCAUGGGUUUGAAACCAAAUGCAGAACUGAUUAGAGAGAGUUCUGCUUUUAGUUGAGUAAGAUUUAGCAUGGGUAAUACCACCUUUUAUUCACUUAUGCUCACCUCUUCACUUAUGCUCACAUAUGUUUAUGUCUAUAUACCUUCAAGUGAAUAAAAAGCAAUAUUAAAAAAGCAGUUGGUUGUAUGCUCCCUGGUUUAAAUGUGUGUAUUACGAAGAAUUUUGUGGAAAUUUAAUUUAAUAAAUUGAACGUGUUGUGAGACUGUGUUACCAUCAUAAUAUUUGUUUUUGCUGUAUGUUAUUUGUUCAGCUAAAAUUAAUUUUAAAAUAUUUCUAUUAUAUUUUAUAUAUACAGAAUGUAUGCACGCGUCCGGAAAAGAAAACGCUGCAUAAUUAUUUUAAUGCUUAAAUGCUGUAAUGCUAAAUAAGUUUAUUGCUAAUUUAUUAUAUUUUCCUGAAGUUUUUAUACAUUUUUGUCUGACUGUGUAUAUUAGAUUUACAGUGUAUGUUAGAUCACAGAAGGCCGCCUAAUGAUUGGCUGU